AUGUCUCCGCCAGAAGCUUUACAGAGGAGCCGGGUAGAUCACGUCCUUGACUAUGUCCACCAGCGAGCAUUUGAACGAGCAGUGUUAAAUGCCAUUUCCACACCAGUUACGGAAGAGACAUUUGCACAGAUCGUGGAUGGGCUUCCUUUAAGUAGUGUAGCCUGGGGAACUCAAGAUCAUCGGGUUCUCUUGGGAGACCCGGUUGACAACCACCUUGACAUCUGCCCUGGGGCGCUCGAGAAGACUAAACAGUUCAAGGCCAAUUUUAAUGCUUUAGAUUUAGAGAUUUCAUCUGAUGCCCUCCAGCGGUAUCAAGAUAUACCCGUAGGCUCCAGGGCCUCCAAGAUGCCCUUUUUGGAAUUAAUUGUAGCCACGAUACACAGCAUCGCUGCACACCUCUUCAAACUGGCUGAUGGGGGGUUUCAUAAGAACGCGGUAUGGCCAAGUGAUGAUGCGUACGAGCAGGAAUAUUUAGCAAAACGGCCGCCACCCUUUAGCCUGCUUCAUUAUUCGAAGCAGCAAUAUCCUGAUGGAAUGGCCGAUAUGGCGGGCUAUUGGGCUGAAGACCGGAUAUUUGGUGGAGUCGUGCUUUUCGGCAGAGGUAACGAAAAAGGCUAUGACGGCAUAUGGUUUCACUCUCACCGCUAUGAGGUUACGAAGCGGAUAUACAAGCUUACCGGGGAGCAGAGUGAACGCCUGUUCCAGCUCCUUGAGAGGGAGCAGACUGAAGCUUCUUCGUGUCCCUUGCCGAUCCUAGGCGACAUCAAUAAUCGGGAACGUGUGGAUGAAGAGAUCGCUAUCCCGGAGUUCAACAUAUACCGUGAUCGAUGGGAACGGGCAAUCGAGUACAAGAAUUGGUCUGACUACGGUGCCCAGCGGCACUGCUGCAGAAAUGAUAUAGACUGGCCAGAGCUCCUAGACCUCUCCAACCAGAACCGCGAGCUUCAGAAUCGCUCAAACAGCGGCAGACAAUCCCAGGCCAUGGAGUGA